GGGAGCUUACUUCAAAGUCAUAUUUUUGCGCCAGCGGCGUCGGCAGGACUUUGGCGAUACCCCAAUACCAAUGGCCCAGUCCCCACAUUGGGCUGGGAUGAACAGCGAGUCCGUGCGGUCGACAGUCCGCGGCGAGUACCAAUCGACGCAACGCUGCCUUCGACGGCCGAAUGCACUUUUGGACGUCGAUACCUUGGAAGCGAUUGAACGGGCAAAUCUUGGUCGUGGGGCAUUGUGCACCCGCUUUCGGUGUGGUGGCCGUCGCUUCGUCCUACAAACGAUCUGGUCUGCCACGAUAUCAUCAAUCAGUCUCUUCAUCUUUAUUCGCAACCGCAAUGACGCGCGCAUCGGCUCUCGGGCUAUAACCUUGACAGUGUUCAGUUCAUGUUGCGGAUUCAUCAGCGCACAAGGCAUACUCAUCAUGAUUGCCUUUGAGAACGUCUCAUGCCAUAUCACCACAUGGAUGAUCUUGCUGGGCACGAGCGGAUAUCUCAGCUCGAUAUUCUACAGGUUUCUGCGGCUGAUCUCGAUGGCCCACAUCGCCGAGCUGCAGAUGCCCUCGGCCGCCAGAUUGCACGACCUGGAGGCCCUGCGGCCCUCAAUCGGCCGCACUUCAUCGACCUUGAACCAGCGGGCCACCGCCAUCCUCGCCUAUAUUCGAUCCAACUCUCUCGCCCUCAAGAACUACAGCGGCCUCGCCUUCAUCAUCGGGGCAGUGCUGCUUACCGUCGGCGCCCAGCUCUGGCUUUCAUUUUCGGCAGCCGCCCUCGGCUCGCCCGACACGGUCUGCGUCGAGGAUCACUCGACAUAUAUGCUGCCGUUUGUGUGCUUCUGCCUCCUCUACGUCUUUGUGCUGUUCCCGAUCGUCAUCUGGAAGAUCCAUGCCCUCAAGAUCGUGCAUCCGAUCCGUGUCGAGAUUCUCCGGGCGGCUGUAACUGCCAUGGUGUGCACUCCGCUCUUUGCAGUGUGGCAGCGAGCGGUCAUGAACAACUUUCCGCAAGUCGGGUAUUACUUCCGGGCCUUCAUGUGGCUGGUCAUUCAGUGGGUCGUCAUUCAUUUCGUCACUGUCGUGCUUCCAUUGAUUCCCGUACUCCGGAAGCGAAAGCUGAGCGAGUAUUCGCUCGAAAACGUCACGUUUGAGCGCUGUCUGUCCGAUCCUUAUCUCUUCAAGGAGAUGUGUGUGAUCUCAAACGAAGUGUUUUGUGUCGAAAAUACGUCGUUUAUUGCAGCCAUCAAGAAGUUGAGGGCACGCAACGCACGGGCUUAUGAAGAGUCAGAGUACAUCCGUCCCGAGGACCACGUUCAGUUCAAUGACAUCUAUCAGCGCUUCAUCCGCAACGAUGCGCCAUUCGAGCUGAAUCUGUCGGCGGACCAUCGUAUGCAGCUCAAGGAUCUGUUCGAGACCACCGGCACAACCAAACGCAUUCCAUACAACUGCUUCGAGAAUGCAAAGAGAGAGACUGAGAUUCUGCUGUACCAGGGCGUGUAUCCGCUCCUGAUCGAGCGGCUGAAGUCGACCCAGUCCUCUCCGACAUAGCGCGAAGGCGACGCUAUUCCAAUCCAUCUCCAGCGAAACCCGGCCACAAAUGCCGGGUUGUCAGCGUCCAGCCCGCUUGCCGAUCUGGACAUCAAGCGUGCCUCAUAUUCGACCCGCAUCGUGCGGAUCCACUGAACACAGCCCUGCGACCAUUAUCUCGGGAGCAAUUUGCCGCUCUCACAUCCACAUCCACACCCACCCCCUUGUCGGCUCUGUCCGCUCGGCUGUCACACCGCCUCUCCGCACAGAUCCAUGUUGUCGCCUCUAUACCUCGGCUCACCCGGCAUCCGAUGGAUGUAAUACAGCUCCU